CCAACAUGGACUCUCCCUCACUUGCUGCUGACACAUCAGUCAUUAGUCAGUGUGCACACACAUCUACAUCCAGCAGGACAGGACCUGGACCCAUGGACACCCAGCAGGACCAGGACGUGCAGGACCAGGACUUACAGGACCAGGACUUGCAUGACCAGGACUUGCAGGACCAGGACCAGGACUUGCAGGAACAUGACUUGCACUUGCAGCCGCUGCUACACUCGCGGGAUGAUGACGAAGCUGUGGUGGACAGAGGAGGAAUGCGCUUCCAACCAAAUACCAACUUUGAACAGGAAGAUCUUGAAGGACACAGGACUCUGUACAUCGGGGUCCACGUCCCUCUGGGCAGCACCAGGCAGCGUAGCCAUCGCAGACAUGGUCACCAUGGCAACAAGCACAGACGGAGGAGCAGGGAGCGGGUACACACCCUGAUGGAGGGCCCAGAGUCUCCUCUCUACGACACUCCCUCGCAGAGAGUCCACUUUCUUCUGGGCGCAGAGGAUGAGGACGAGGAGCAUCUUCCUCACGACCUCUUCACGGAGAUGGAUGAGAUCUUUGUGAGGGAGGGGGGCCAGCUGGAGUGGCGGGAGAGUGCCAGGUGGUUGAAGUUUGAGGAGGACGUGGAGGACGGAGGCGAGCGGUGGAGCAAACCUUACGUGGCCACGCUGUCACUGCACAGCCUGUUCCAACUGCGAGGUUGCAUCAUCAACGGCACCGUGCUGCUGGACAUGAGAGCCCACACCCUCACUGACAUAGCAGACAUGGUGUUGGACCAGCAGGAGUUGUACUCCCCACUGGGUGAGGAGCUGAGAAAGAAGGUGCAUGAGACUCUGCUGAAGCGCCACCAUCACCAGAACCAGAAGAAGCUGACCAAGCGUCUUCCCAUCAUGCGCUCUCUGGCUGACAUGAGUCGACGGGCGUCAGACAUCCACCUGGAUAAAAACGGUCAGAUGACAUCAUCACAGUGUCAUUUAGCAGCUCCAGAUGGGAAAGAGGACGCCAGCAGAGAAAACACUUCUGUGGAUUUAAGCAAGACAGAUCUUCACUUCAUGAAGAAGAUCCCCCCUGGUGCUGAGGCGUGCAACGUACUCGUGGGGGAGUUGGACUUUCUCAACAAACCCGUGGUGGCUUUUGUCCGACUCUCACCAGCAGUUCUUCUCUCCGGACUGGCUGAAGUCCCCAUCGCUACAAGGUUUCUCUUUAUUCUGUUGGGACCACCUGGAAGAGGUCCUCAGUACCACGAGAUAGGAAGGUCCAUAGGUACCCUCAUGACAGACGAGGUGUUCCAUGACGUGGCCUAUAAAGCCAAGGACCGGAAUGAUCUGAUCGCCGGGAUUGACGAAUUCCUGGAUCAGGUCACCGUCCUGCCACCAGGAGAGUGGGAUCCUUCCAUUAGAAUAGAACCACCCAAGAAUGUUCCUUCCCAGGAGAAGAGAAAGAAAAACCCUGUACUGAACGAGUUGAGUGAGGGUGAUGAAGAGGACCAUGGAGGUCAUGGAGGUCCUGAGCUGCAGAGAACUGGGAAGUGGUUUGGCGGUCUGAUUCUGGACAUGAAGCGCAAAGCUCCACAUUAUGUGUCAGACUACACGGAUGCAUUUAGUCUGCAGUGUGUGGCCUCCUUCCUCUUCCUCUACUGUGCCUGCAUGUCCCCUGUCAUCACCUUCGGAGGACUUCUGGGAGAGGCAACGGAAGGACGCAUAAGCGCAAUCGAGUCCCUUUUUGGAGCCUCGCUGACGGGAAUAGCUUAUUCCUUGUUUGCUGGACAGCCGCUCACCAUUCUGGGCAGCACCGGCCCGGUGCUCGUUUUUGAAAAGAUAUUAUUCAAAUUCUGCAAGGAGUACGGCCUGUCCUACCUGUCCCUCAGGACCUGCAUCGGUCUGUGGACGGCCUUCCUCUGCAUGGCCCUGGUGGCCACGGACGCCAGCGCCCUGGUGUGCUACAUCACGCGCUUCACGGAGGAGGCCUUCGCCUCGCUCAUCUGCAUCAUCUUCAUCUACGAGGCCCUGGAGAAGCUGCUCACCCUGGGGGACUACUACCCCUUCAACAGGAACAACCAGCUGGAGAAGCUCACCUUGUACUCAUGUUCCUGCGUGGAGCCCUCCGACCCCACCAACACCACCCUGAAGUACUGGGAGUUCAACAACAUCACGGCGUCCGAGAUCUACUGGGAAGCCCUGGAGGUCCAGGACUGCGUGGAGAAGCGCGGGGAGUUUGUGGGCAGGGCCUGCGGCGUGAGGGGCCCCUACGUUCCUGACGUGCUCUUCUGGUGUGUCAUCCUCUUCUUCUCCACCGUCUUCAUGGCCGCCUUCCUCAAGGAGUUCAGGUUCAGCAACCACUUUCCCACCAAGGUGAGGUGUGUCAUUAGUGACUUUGCAGUUUGCAUCACCAUCUUCACCUUGGUCCUGGUGGACUACGCCUUAGGGAUCCCUUCUCCCAAACUGAAGGUGCCCAGCGUCUUUAAGCCAACCAGAGACGACCGAGGCUGGCUCAUCAACCCCCUGGGACCAAACCCCUGGUGGACCGUCAUCAUAACUCUGUUCCCAGCUCUGCUGUGCACCAUCCUGAUCUUCAUGGACCAGCAGAUCACGGCGGUCAUCAUCAACAGGACGGAGCACAAGCUGAAGAAAGGCUGCGGCUACCACCUGGAUCUGUUCAUGGUGGGCCUGAUGCUGGGCGUCUGCUCGCUGAUGGGCCUGCCCUGGUUUGUGGCGGCCACCGUGCUCUCCAUCACGCACGUCAACAGCCUGAAGCUGGAGUCUCAGUGCUCGGCACCCGGGGAGCAACCCAAGUUCCUGGGCAUCAGGGAGCAACGCUUCACUGGACUCAUGAUCUUCUCCCUCAUGGGCUGCUCCGUCUUCAUGACCUCUGUGCUCAAGUACAUCCCCAUGCCGGUGUUGUACGGUGUCUUUCUCUACAUGGGAGCCUCUUCUCUCCGAGGAAUACAGUUCUAUGACCGCCUGAGACUGUUCAGCAUGCCCGCCAAGCACCAGCCAGACCUGGUCUACCUGCGCCACGUCCCCCUGAGGAAGGUGCACCUGUUCACCCUCAUCCAGUUCAGCUGCCUGAUGCUUCUCUGGCUCAUCAAGACCUCCAAGGCGGCCAUCGUCUUCCCCAUGAUGGUGUUAGCGCUGGUCUUCAUCAGGAAGCUGCUGGACUUGAUCUUCACCAAGCGAGAGCUGAGCUGGCUGGACGACCUCAUGCCCGAGAGCAAGAAGAAGAAGCUGGAGGAUGCCGAUGAGGAGGAAGAGCAAAGCAUCCUGGCGGAGGAAGAGGCUGUCCUGCAAGUGCCGUUGGAGCGCUGCACAGGGUUGCCUGUCAUCAACAUCACAGAUGAGAUGUCCAAAGGUUCUUUUGGAAACAUGUGGAACGCCACAAGUUAAAGUCCAACAUUUUACAGUAAGAGACUUUUACAGUAGUGACUUGUAAACACAAACAUAAUCAUCAACAUCUUGUUGAAGAAAUCAUGUCAAUCAAAACCAGGCAGAACCAAUUAUGUCUUGUGUUUUUAUGAUCAAUUCAUGUUUCUUUUAGAUGCAUUUUUUAUGUUAGACAUAUCCAGUCAACCCCCGAUAUGU